AUGUAGGGCAAUAAAAAGUAAAAAAUUAUUGAUCAUCAUGAUCAUGAGAAAUGGUUCUAACUUUCAUUCCGAAUCGGUUUUGGUUACUGUACCAUUUCUUUAACUGUUAAUUUUGAAUUUAAAUGCCGUAAUACGUGAUUAAAAAAGAUUUAUUCGGUUUCUCUUGAAAAUUAGUGAUUUCGAAGUCGCAUGCAGAAGGCCAGCGUUCGCGAUCAGCUGGCUUCCCUGACAAGCUGGCAUUGGAGCAGGUUCUGCACUUGGUGGCGGUGUCGUUUGGAGCUUAAUUCGUUGCAGUUUGCUCUAAGUUUUGUUCCAUCUAGACCAGUCCUGGAUCCACUAUGCAAUAUCACUGUCGAGACUGCCAAAAAGAUUUCGGUGCAACGCUUGUGGAUGGGAGCUGCCCGGACUGCUACAGCUCUGACGCUGUCGAACAACGAACAUCGGUUCAAGAGGGGGUUCCAAUGCCGAAGGAGCCUGUAAGCGCACCCGCUGCGACCGGUUCGAGAUUUCUGGCUGCUAUUUCCAGCCAAACGGGAAAUGCAUUGCAGCCGGUGAUCAACCCAUUGGCCUCUCCCAUGGUUGCUGCACCGGCUCCGCCCGUGCAUAAUGGCCUGCACGCUGCAGGAAAUCAUUCUGCGCCAGAUCUUCCAAAAAUUGUUCCGAAGUAUGCAAUGCCAAAACUUCGCUCGACCCAGAGCACUACGUCGGUGCCUGUCAAUACAUCAUUGCCUGUUCCAUCGGGAUCGCAGAUUCUUCCUCAAACUUUUGUCGGUAAUCGUUAUACUGCUGAUGGAGCUUCUUCUGCCACAGUGAGCCAGAAUCCCAAGUUGGUGUUUGCUCGAGCUUUGGCGAAACCGCUUUUGCAGGCGCCAGGGAAAGCAAACCCUUUUGCUCAGCUAUUUACUGCCGUCGACCAUUUGAGCCCGGAAGUUAUGAUUUGUUUGGAUGCUUGCUCCGACCCUGUGCUCCUCAAUGCACAUGCAAAUCUGAUGCAAAAUACGAUCGAAAUCAUGGAUUCCAUAAAGUUGCGGCUGGAAGAAAGGCUUAAAGCAGUGCUCAAAACGGACAUGAGUUUGUACGAAGCUGCUCACGGAAGAAAGCGGUCAGAUUCUGGUGGCAGUUCGGUUUCGAGCAAUCCUGUGACGGUUCACAGCAGUCGCCCUAAACGCAUUAUCAGCACCAUUGUGGCAAAAAAACUUCCUUCGAAUAUUACGGAAGCCGAUUUGUUUGCGUAUUUCAAAGAUUUUUGUAAAGAGCGUUCUGAAAUUCAGAAUAUUAACAUCGCCAGAAAUCCUCGAACCAGGGAGUGUAAAGGGUUUGCUUAUGUCAAGUUAGCACGCACAGAGAUCGUUCAGGAAAUUUGCCGGAGGACAAGGCAUAAAAUCACAGUUGGGCAGUUUAAUGGAGUCCAACACGAGAUCCUGGUGGAACCAUUCGACGAGCUCGACCAGUAUAAACGAAGAUUGAAAUAUACAAUUUUUAUUGGUGGCGUGUCAUCGUUCAUGAGUGAAGAAGAUUUUGUACGCAUUAUGACAGAAAAGUAUGGAAAAAUUGAGGACAUUUACUAUCAUUCUAAUGACAUGAAUCCUGGAACCGAAAAUGGUUAUGUAAAGCUGACAUUCGCUGAUCCUGAAAUAAAUAAAAAGCUGUUGGAAAAUGGUACAAUCGAAAUUAACCGCAGAAAGUUGCACUGUAAGCCUUGUGAAGAUUCCCGGAAACACGCAGAAAAUAUGAAGAAAGAGCGUGGAGAAAUCAACAAAAAUGAUAAAAAAAUUGAUAACGAUAAGGAAAACAGCGAAGGCAAAAAGAAGGAGAAGAAACCUGACGAAGAUGAUAGUAAAGGAAAAUGCUGUGUCUGUUUGGACGAAGACGUUUGCAUGCUUUUCGUACCCUGCAAUCACCUUUGCGUCUGCGAGGAAUGCUCAAAAAUGAUGGAUGAUUGUCCAUACUGCCGUGGUCGGAUUACCAAGAAAAGCAAAGUCUUUAUUCCUAACUGAAUUUUGUGUUAAAAUUUAUAUCUGCCAACAGUGAAAUUAUUACUUUUCUGCUGCUGUUUUUCCUUUUAUUGUGAUGCGCAGUAUGCUGUGCGCCGGGUUGUGAUGUCCUGAUUGAUAGUUUGUGAUCUUCUAAAGAUCGAAGAAUGUUGUUUUGUUACGAGAGAUUACUUAAUUGUUUGGUGCACAUAGUGGCAUACGGACGGCUCUUCCUUAGGCUUUAAAUUUGGUGAUGUCAUUUGCUCGAUUUUUCUGGUGCGUUUUUCUCUGUAUUCGUGUAUAAAAAAUUAAAAACACCUGGAUGUUG